AUGCCUCCGUUCGUAUGUUGCUUGCUUUUUGCAGCUGCUGGUGCUACAGCUCUGGAGCUGGGUCGCCCGCAAGCAGGCAGCAGCGCAGGCCAGAAGUUGGGUCGCCUGGUGGCUGCAAGCGCUGAGCAAGAACCUACAGACGAGGUGGCUCGUCAGAAAGUUAUGUCCAAAGAGUUGACCCCGGACGUGCUGGUCAAUGAAAAAGUCUCAGAAGUUGUUGCAAGGGCAAACAAGCAGGCUGCAGCGGAAGAAGUUGCGCCAGACGCUGUGAACGCUGCUUGUGUCCAAAACUUUUCACACGCAUGUCCAGAGUCCUGGACGAGGCAGGAGCAGUUCUGCAAGGCCCCUCGCUCGUACACAGGGCCAUGCUCAAGGUACAACGUGCUGAGUUUAAACAAUGUGCAGAAGCAGCUGCUGUCUUCGCAGUGCGGGUGCAACUUGCUCGCAGACUUAGCUGCAGCGUGCCCAGACGGCUGGCGAAUGCUGGGCGGCCUCUGCGUGGCGGCUGUUGAGUACCCGAGCGCUGGUUGUGAGGAAGCCUUUUUGCAGGGCUGCCUAGGGCAGGUGGCCAGCGAGUUGUCACGGGAGCAGCUGAAGCCACUGACGACAUUUCGGCAACAGCACCGGCGUUUGGUUUGCGACAUGAUGCUGCUCCCACUUGUAGAGAGUGUGCGGAGCAGCUUGCUAACUUGCGAGGACAAGCGUGUCUACACCGGCUGUACUGACGCACCGACCCCGCAAGGGAGUAGCGGCAGAGAAUGGUGCUACGUGGAGGCGCAGGCCAGCGUUUGCAGACGUUUGGCCGCACGUUGCCCCAGCGUCGCACCCAGCUUGUCGCGGGAAGCGACGAUGCGUGCAGUGAACCAGCCUUGUUGCAGGGCUGAGUUGGGCGAGCGAGAAUUGUGUUGGCUGGCAGUUGUAGAUUACGACGCGCUACGGAGCAGCGCAGCAGCCGCUGCCGCGGAAACAGUCCAGACUGUGAAGACCUACGUAGCCAAGUUUGCCAAAGCGCAACGCGCUGCAGAGCAAGCGCUGGACAUGUGUAUCACCGUCGCUGCGCAGCAAAGUGAUUUGGCAAAGCAGGUGGCCAGCGAGUUGUCACGGGAGCAGCUGAAGCCACUGACGACAUUUCGGCAACAGCACCGGCGUUUGGUGGACGGUCGCUUGUGCGCAGCUGCUUUUGCGCAGGACAAGCGUGUCUACACUGGCUGUACUGACGCCCCGACCCCGCAAGGGAGUAGCGGCAGAGAAUGGUGCUACGUGGAGGCGCAGGCCAGCGUUUGCAGACGUUUGGCCGCACGUUGCCCCAGCGUCGCACGCAGCUUGUCGCGGCAAGCGACGAUGCGUGCAGUGAACCAGCCUUGUUGCAGGGCUGAGUUGGGCGAGCGAGAAUUGUGUUGGCUGGCAGUUGUAGAUUACGACGCGCUACGGAGCAGCGCAGCAGCCGCUGCCGCGGAAACAGUCCAGACUGUGAAGACCUACGUAGCCAAGUUUGCCAAAGCGCAACGCGCUGCAGAGCAAGCGCUGGACAUGUGUAUCACCGUCGUUGCGCAGCAAAGUGAUUUGGCAAAGCUUUGGCGCGGCUGUCCGCCCCAAAGCUCCUGGCGCGCUUUUCGAUUGGUGGCCAAAGGCCCAAGGUGGCGCCUCGCAGCCUUCCAGGUGGCCAGCGAGUUGUCACGGGAGCAGCUGAAGCCACUGACGACAUUUCGGCAACAGCACCGGCGUUUGGUUUGCGACAUGAUGCUGCUCCCACUUGUAGAGAGUGUGCGGAGCAGCUUGCUAACUUGCGAGGACAAGCGUGUCUACACUGGCUGUACUGCCCCGACCCCGCAAGGGAGUAGCGGCAGAGAAUGGUGCUACGUGGAGGCGCAGGCCAGCGUUUGCAGACGUUUGGCCGCACGUUGCCCCAGCGUCGCACGCAGCUUGUCGCGGCAAGCGACGAUGCGUGCAGUGAACCAGCCUUGUUGCAGGGCUGAGGUGGGCGAGCGAGAAUUGUGUUGGCUGGCAGUUGUAGAUUACGACGCGCUACGGAGCAGCGCAGCAGCCGCUGCCGCGGAAACAGUCCAGACUGUGAAGACCUACGUAGCCAAGUUUGCCAAAGCGCAACGCGCUGCAGAGCAAGCGCUGGACAUGUAUCACCGUCGCUGCGCAGCAAAGUGAUUUGGCAAAGCAGGUGGGCGCCUCGCAGCCUUCCAGGGAGGGCUCUAGCUGCUUAGAGCAGUUUGGUUGUGGCAGUUAAAAGGUUUUUCGCUCUGCUUUCAGAGCCUGCGUUGCGGACGUAACUUUGGUAGCUGCAAAAAAAAUCAUUGGGAGCCAAGGCGUCAGCUGCAGCAGCUUGUGCCCCUCUCACACUCUUGUGUGUGCGGUCCAUCACAACAAACAGCAACCUUUGUGCUUGGGCACAGCCCGGUGGACUGGUCGCCAGCGGCAAAUUGCGCAGGGCUGCUGGCUGUUGUGAUGUGUGAGAUGGUCGUGCUGUGCCAGAAGCAAGGUGCUUGAAGUAGGUGCUUGUGCGUGCGAGCAACGCAAUGGGAUCUCUAGGCGAGGUUGGCAAGGGACCUUCAGGGUUUGGCUGCGCGCUGCCUGUUGUGCAGCCUGCGGAUUGAGGG